AUGGCGAAGCGAUCAACGAUCUCUGUAUUCUUUCUGUUGAACGUAAUCGUGUUUAUGUUGCCAUCUAUUUUAAUAGCUCAGAGAUGCGAUCGGCAAGUUUACAGCAACAUAUGGCAUCGUUGUUCAGAAUGUAACAUAAAUGUUCUCCAAGGUUGCCCGAUAGGUUAUCAACAAGUUACGAGCGGCGAAGGUGUUCAACGCUGUACAAUUUUCUUAAAUUUUGGACCAAACUUGGGCAGAAUUUCUGUCCCUGGCUGUCAACAUUUGUGCAGGCGAACUCUUAUACAAAAAGAAUGCUGCAGUGGGUUUUGGGGACAAGAUUGUCAAGGUAUUUUGCAAUGAAAUUUAUCAGUUAAAUCUUAUAACUCGAAUACACAAAUCUCUCUGGUUGUUGAAUAACUUCAUUGUUCCGCUGUUAUAGAUUAUGUAAACAUAGACAGUUUUCUUGAAUUUAAAUUUCAUUCAGCAGGAAUUUUUAUUUCCAAACCCAAGCGAAGUGUAUAUAUUGGCUAAGAAAUGCGAAAUUUAAUCUUAAGUCUUUAUUAUAAAGCUGAGAUAUUUCACUUUUUCGGGAAAUUUUGGCGCCAAGGGAUCACAUGACAUGAAUCUUCCGGGAAAAUUUGUUACAAGCGAUAUAUUUGAAUUUUCUAUUAUGUUAUAUUUUAUUCCAGUAAAGUUGUGCACGUUCUCUCUCACUGGAAAGGUCAAUCUAAUGACUGUUUCAAACAGCGACAAAGCCUAUAUUUUCAGUGAAGAAGAUAGAAUAUAUUUAACGAGUGUGUAUGGACAAGCGUGAAGUCAAAAUUUUCUGUCUUUGAAACGGCUGUCUUUUCGACUCUCCGCUGUGAAAUUCUAGCAGUUUAAUUUUUUAAUUUUUAAAUACAUUUUAUGGCAGCUACAGUAAACAUGAAUGGGAAAGAAAAAUCUCUAGAAAAUAUAGACAAUAUCAAUACAGUAGCAUGGGAACUUUAUCAUGAACACUCUUCUCAUACUUAUAUGCGCCGUAUCUUUUUCACACGAUAUAUUUUUGUGCUUUUAAAAAUUAACACGCAUCAUUUCGCAUGUUCUGCUCUUAAUAUUUAGCAAUUUUGUCUUAGCAAGAUUAAACACAGCAGUCACUUAUUUUUGAUGUGAUAUUGCCCUGGAAUAAGACAAUCUCAUAAGCGAAAAAACGUUCAGGUAAUUUUCUCAAAGCAUGUUUAAAAAUGCCAAGCGUACGGCGAAUUCAGAGCUUUACUAGACGUCCUCUUCAAAGUCGCCUUUUCUUAUUACGUAGUUCGCGCUUAUAAUUUGACUUCAGAAUCCACAGAACUAAACUGAACAUAUUAAGAGCUAGUUAUUAAAAAUAAGAAAUGUACGCCAUCGUGUACCAUGAAAUUUAUAGAAAACAACUUUUAGUUUGUUGUAGACGUUUAAUAGUGAGUUCAACUGGAAGUAAAUCGGGUUUGUUUAUAUGUUUUCAUCGUUUUUCAAUUACAAGGCGGCUGUUACGGUUUUGCAUCACAGACAGUCCGUAGAACCUACAAUGAUUUUUUUUAGCAAGAUAAGUAUCAGUCAAUCAUGGAAAAUAACAUCCGGUGGUCAUAUGAAAAUUAACUUUUUGGCCCGAAAUUUAGAUGACAAUACACAUUACGUAAAGGCGGAUAAUUUUAGAAGCAAAACCUUAAAUUUCGUACAGUAGAUAUAUUGUGUUGAGGCUUUAAUUAUGCUGUGGUUUAACGAAGAAUGUGAACAAUAUAAUAGGAAUAGAAACCAUAAUCUUGCUAGGGCUAUUUUUAAAAGAAAAACACUUGAAAAAAAACAAUGACUUCAAAAUUCGAAAGAAAUUGAAAAUUGACUCAUAGUCAUGUACCCUCAAGUUGUAUUAAAGCAAAGAAUGAAACCAAUUAAUCAUCUCAUUUGCUGGUAUAAUGAGCAGGACAAUAUCUGAUUAUGACUGUUAAAUAUGUCAAACCAACUUGAAGAAUUAUUUUUUUGAAGAGAAAAAAUACUGAGUUUUAAUACUCAAUACAAAGAACACAAAUGUAGCAGGAUAAUAUCUGGCUAUGACUGUUUGAUCACAACUGAUUAAAGUAUGUUGUACUAAUUUGCAAAUUAUUGAAGAAUUUAUUUCUUCCAGAGAAAAAAGUACUGAUUUUUAAAAUUUAGUGCAAUGAUCAGUUAUAUUAAGUAGGAAAUGGGCAAAUAAAAACAAGGGAGAGGGGUGAAGGCAGAGACAGGGGAGGGGAGGGGAGGGGGGGAGAGUGGAUGAUUUCCCUGUUUUUUUGCCUGUUGUUAUCAGGGAAUACUCAAAAUGAUUCUAACUUUAAACCCUUUAAGUGCCCCCCCCAUUAACAUCAAUUUUCUCCUAAUAACUUCAAUAGACUAUUAAGAGGAAAGGUUAUUAGAUUUCUGACAUGAUCUGGGAAGUGAGGGAAAUGGUACUAUUUUUUUAUCAAAUUCUCUCAACUAAGUAUCUAAUAAUGUAAUGUAUGUAACUGGAGAAUUUGUAUGUGGACAUUGGGGCUUAAAGAGUUAACAUUGUUUUGUCUGUGAAUCAUAGCAUGUCCUGGUAGUCCCCCAUGUAGUGGGCGUGGAUCUUGCAGUGACAAGGUUACUGGUAAUGGAACCUGCACUUGCCAGGUAAGAGUUGCAGUUCACCCAAGUUCUUACAGUAGUGUACACAGGCCUAUAGCUAGUCUAGAGGCAACUGAAGCAGUUGUCUUGGUAUGGAUGUUGAUUUAAGUUCCUUAUGUGUGCCAUAUCCUUCCUUCAUAGUACAGGUCACCAUUAUUCACUCACUUAGUUAGCAAUGAUUCUUUACUUUGUACGUUGACUCAUCAGGAUGGUUUCAAAGGAUUUGCCUGUGAGCUGUGUAAAGACUCAAACAAAUUUGGCAGCUACUGCAAUGAAAGUAAGUGUUAAUUCAUGAAAGAAGUACAUGAUAAAAUUCUCAGUGCUUGACUAGCUGUGUAUUUGGCAAAUUAGCCAGGUUUUUCAUAAGUUACCCAUUUAAAAAUUUGCUAAACAACCAAAAAAAAAUAGAAACCAGGUUAAUUAACUUGGCUCAAAGAAUCAAGGAUUUUUAUAAAAUGUUUUUAAACUGAAGAUGUUUUUUUUAGUUGAAACAUUUUAAGUGUCAUUAACGAUAUUAAGACUUUAAUUAAGCACUUAAUGAUGAAAAUGAAUUCACCUUCUCCAUGUGCAAAUUAAUCAACAGAAUUGAGUGCUGUCUUUUCCUCCUUGGCUUUUGUGACUCAGCUAAUUAACCUUGACAAAAGCAUUCCAGUAAUUUUCCCACUAACAUAAGGACUAAUAUCAAAGAAAAAUUUUAAAACUACUGACUUUAAUAUUGCUAUUAUUAUAAACUCAUUAAUGUCUUGAUUAUACAUGUCGUUUGUUCAAUGAUCUCUUUCUUAUCUUUUUAUAAUUAAUAAUUCAUAUUAAAAUUAACUGAAUUAUACCACUACAUGAGAAGUUUCUGCAAUUUGAUUGGCUUAGAGCAGUGGUAUUUCGGCUUAAUUUGAAAUACCUACAUGUGAAAAUUACAAACCUUUUACAGGUAAAGUAUAAACAAAUAAUAGCAAGAUUUGUACGCGAUAUUUGGUAUAAAUACCACUUGUGAUAUUGGGAAAUUGUCUCAAAUUUCACUCGCCUAACUGCUCGUGAAAUUACGUAUAACAAUUUUGAAAUAUCACUCGUGGUAUUUAUGCCAAAUAUCACUACUAAUCAUGCUAUUACCUAUACUAACUCAAUUUUAAUUUAUAAUAUUUGUGCAACACUGUGCCAAAGAAAUUUCAUUUUGAUAUGAUUUGCAGUGGAAUCCCAAUAUCAAAAUGUGCCACCUGAUUGAAAUUACAUUCAUUUUAAUUGGAAGGGGGGGGGGGGGGGGACUUUUAUCAGGGUUUUAACCUACUAUACACUGUAUUAAAACUGGGGCAAAGAACAUCAUUUUGUUAUACCAUGGCAUUUAAAUGUUAUACAUCGAUCUAGAUCUUUCAUGCCUUUUGACCCCUAAAAGUGUUUUAUAUUAUCUAAUUUUAAGUGGUAAAUGACGACUGCCCAAAAACCAUGAGUCAGUGACUCAGGACAUUUUGAUAAUUAUUUGUCCAUUAAAGAUAACCAAGAGACUAUAAAGGGGACAGAGAGGGCAUCCCCCAUAUACACCCUAUUCCAUAGGUAAUUCGUCUCGAGUUAUUUUUAACACCACAGAUCUCAAGGGGGAUUCGACAAGAGCUAACAGUAGAGCAGGGAAAUCCUUAACACACUGAAUAUUCUCUCAGGAUCAUUUAUAGUUUACAGUUUGAAGAGAGCAAUUUCUGGUUUGAUGUUUAUUUUUUUCAGUCUUUAUAGCGAUUAUUCCUACCCACUUACUUUGUCAAUUGUAGGCGAACCCUCCUAAAGCUGAAUUUCAAGGGACCAUAUUCAAGCUCAGAAAGCAAAAUAAAAUUUAAAUAAGCUGCUUAUUUACGUCCUCCACAAAACGCGAAAUUAGGCAUUUUCACGCCGUAGUCGUUGCAAAAACGGGAAAGAAAUGAACAAAAAGUGUGUUGCACGUGCGGUUGUUGUUUUUUGCUAAUUAAACCUAUUGUUUUUUGACGUUCUAGUUGUCGUCCGCCUCGUUGGAUCUUAAACUCCCUAAAUUGUACAAACGACCGGUUUCAAUAGACCGGCGAAAUUUCUCAUUUUAUUAAAGCACUGAGGUUACGACAACUUCGAGUUAAACUGAUUUCACGGGUUGUCAAAGAGUCCAGCGAUUCCUUUUUCCCAGGUGAGCGCCGACUCAUUUCGCUUCAAUAUUCAGGAAUGCUCUCGAUCUUUUUACGCUUUCAUUGCCUCUCGCCCGACAUGUUUUGCACGGCGUUUGGUCAUGCGAAACCUCCACGAAACAUCCACGCCUCACGCAAGGUAACUUUAUCCCGAUUCUAAAAAUAACUCGAGACGAAUUACCUAUGGAAUAAGGUGUAUAUGGGGGAUGCCCUCUCUGUCCCCUUUAUAGUCUUUUUUCAAUUCACUACUUUCACAUAGAUCAUAAUGCUUCUUGUUUACCCCCCCCCCUCCACACCCUGCCCCCCAAAUUUUGCAUAACUAUUGUUUCCAAUUUCCCCUGACUAUAACAGUUGUCCCAAGAGAAAUCCAAGACAAUGGUUAUGCAAAUUUUGGGGGGGGGGGUGGGUGGGUAAACAAGGUACAUUAUUGUGGUCUAUGUGAAAAUGGUGGAUCCAGAAAAUACCAAAAGAGGGCGGGGCAUCGGGAGACUUGCCAGCUAUAAUAUGAUACUUUUAUCUGUUAAUAGGUCUUAAUAAUCUUUUAUUGGUGAAAGAACUCUGAGAGCACCUGUGUCUAAGAGGAAACAGACAGCUGUAGAUGAAAUGCGGAGGGGGGGAGCAGGGAGGGUAAGGGUGUCUUCCUUGGCCCCCCUUUAUCUACCAAUACAUUUUUCUUGUGGCGUGAGUUCUUUUAUUAGGUUACCUGAGAUACAGUGAGUAAUUAUGAUAUCUAAAUCAUGUCCACCUCUCUCCUUGUCAGCUUGUCACUGUGUUCAUGGACAGUGUGACAGUGGGUUACUUGGCACAGGACACUGCAGACCAGACAGCUGUCACCUGGGACAUCAAGGACAGGACUGUAACAUAGGUGCGUGUAAAAGCUGGGAUACCUGUGACAGUGCACAAGAGACCUGUAUUAUCUAAAAUUAAUACUUUGAUUGAGGUUCUCAAGGAAACGAUUGGUCAAGUUUAUUAUGGUGAAGAGACGAUCCAAGUAGCAGAUGAUGAGUUUUAUCUAUGUUGAUUCCCAAAGGCUCAUUAGUUAUAAAAGAACAUUGCAUUAUGAUAGUCCAAACGACUGUAUGAGAAGUAUCAGUGCCAAAGGGAAAACAGUUCAUUGUCACAUUCUGUCUUGACGGAGGAUGGGAAGUGUUAGACUGCAAAACAGCCUGUAUUUUGGUCUGGGUUAAGAAGACGCGUGCAAGUUCUCUAAGGAAAGGUCUGGAAUGAGAGUGAAAACGGAGAGUGAUACUAAGGACAGACACGAAAAAUACUCCCACCACUACGGGAGUGUGAAGUAUCACACCGGCGCUUUGCGUCUUGUAGUGUAGAGAAGUGUGUUCUAUGAGAAUAUAGAUAAAGAAAAAAAAAGUGGUCAUUAUCAACUAAAAAACGUAAUGAGUAACAAUUUGCUUUCCAGCCCUGCCAAACUGUACCAAUCCACUGCCAUGUCCAGUGAAUGCAGGUUGCUUCAAGAUCAAUAACACAGACUCUUGUGUAUGUGAUCCAGGAUACAGAAACGUCAGCAAUACUUGCAAUGGUGAGUUACAGUAAACUACUAGGAAUAAAGUAGAUCAUUAAUUCUUGCUUCCCCUGCAUCCUCCUCCUCUGAAAUUGUUUAUUUGUCUCUGCCUUUCUCUUCUUUCCUUCUGUCUUUCAUUCUACUGUUCUUUAUCUCUCAUCUCUCCUCAGUUUGCUACCUCACUCUUAUUUCCUUUCGCUUUCAAUCUAUUGUUCUAUAUCCUCACUCCUCGUAGCCUGUGUUGCAGACUUUAUUUAACCCCGGUAAGUAACGUCUGCGAAGCAGUGCUGAGAUCCUUGGUUGGGGCCCCCAACUGGCUUAACAAAUUACCGGAAGUGCGUUUCAAAUUUCCCUUCAACCUGAUUGGCAAAUCGACAAUGGCUUUUUUUAACAGGCCAAUCACGACACGUGCUCAAUUCCUGGUACACAGCUGGGGACCCAGAACAAGGAUUUCGGCGCUGUUUCACAGACGGUCUUAACCAGAGCUUAGUUUCGUCUGUGGCGUAGGCCACUGUCUUCCUUUCACUCCCGCUACUCUUUGCUCUUCUUCCUUCUGCUUCCUUACUUUCUCUCUCCAUUUUUUUUCCUUCCUUCAUAUCCCUCCAUCGCUCGUCAUUAUUUUCUUUACAACUUCCUCAUGUUCAACAUCUUUCCUUCCUCUCCCUACCUCUUUAGUCUCUAGCCUUUUUUCCGGAUAAAUUGAGGUUUUUUGGGUAACUUCCCACCCAACCCUCCCCUAAGUCAACAUUAGCACUUAAUUCUUACUUAGGGCAAAUUUUUGAGUUAGGGGAGGGGUAGGUGGUCAGUCUUCUCCGAAAACCCUAACCUUCUCUGUCCUUCCUUCUCCUCCUUAAAAGACAAAUAAGUACCUUGAUGCAACCAUGAUAACGCGAAAUCGCGAAAUCCUAAACCUCAGCUUCUUCACGACGUGCAUUACACAGAUUUGUUUUUCUUUUUUGACGAAAUUACACAUUUUUUCUUUUCUUGUUGCUUUUUACUUGUUAUCCGGUGAUAUCUGUUUGUAAUCCUCUACUUAAUUAAUUUGGUACGCCACGACUAGCGUUUUGGCUAACAGCGAGCCAAGAAAUUGUGAGCACUAUUAUAGUUUUCGUUCUGCGUUUUCCAUCAAAACGUCGUUUUGUGAAGGAAAUUGUUGCAUAUCAAAUAUUGUUUUGCGUGGCAACGCUAGAGGCGAGCUUCAUCAACCACGCGGACGAUGGAAACGAGAAAAUA